CGAGGCCAGGCUCGGUGUAGUCGAGCACAAGUCUCUCUCGACGUCAUUCGCAUUGGAAGACGAUUGUGUCGGUCAUAGUGACUGACUCCGGGCUCGCGGAUAGUCUGCUGUCCUUUUCUCUCUCUCGCUCUCUCUCUUUCUCUCUCUCUCCCUCUCUCUCUCUCUCUCUCCACAAACUCACUGCCGACCUUCCUCAUCAGCCGCGAGAGUUUUAUCGGUGCCGACUGUCAACGAUAAAACAAAGAUCCAUCCCGAUGCUUCAAUUUAUUCCUCCACUUGAAGUAGACGAGCAGAUAUAUGUUGGGUAAAGGGGCAAAGCGGAAACUAGAUGAGGAUGAAGAGGGGCUGGAAGGCAAAGCGUUGGCGGGAGGUCCCGGGGCAGCGGCCGAAGGGCUCUCGAAGGUCUCCUACACCCUGCAGAGGCAGACCAUCUUCAACAUGUCUCUGAUGAAGCUGUACAACCACCGGGCCCUCACCGAGCCCAGCUUGGAAAAGCGCGUGCUCAUCAACAACAUGUUGAGGCGCAUCCAGGACGAACUGAAGCAGGAGGGCAACCUGCGGCCGCUCUUCUUCCCCCCUUCCCCUCCCCCCAACGACCCCGUGGAUGAAGGCUUCCGUGAGGCGCAGCCUGCCUUCAGCGUGUUGUCCAUGGUAUCUCCGCCGCUGUCCCAGUCGCCAGCACUCUCCUCUCCGGUCCUCACACCGCCUUCGUCAGGGCUGUCAAACCCAGCGCCUUUAGAUGCCUGCCUCACCCCAGCUUCGCUUUUAGAGGAGGACAGUGUCACGCUUUGCACAUCACCCUCUCCGCUGGCUCCUCCUCUUCCCAGACUUCCUCCAUCUGUGGCCAGAGACAGCUUCUCCUCAGCCCUGGAUGAGAUUGAGGAGCUCUGUCCUUCACCCUUACCUACAACUACAUCAGCGCCCGGUGCUACCUCCCCCUCGGCCCUUACAGUGUCCCUCCAAAUGCCGUUGUGUCCCCCCAGCUUAAACUCAGGGGCCUUGGACUCCAAAGACUGCAGUAAGCCCUGCAGCCCGAAGCUUGAAGGGCUGGUCCCGCUGCCAGAGGAACGCUCUGCGGUCACUAACCAGCCAGAGACUCUCCCUCCUAACAGCCUGGACUUGAGCACCUCACCCUCCGCCUCGUCCUCGGGCUUCCUGACAGACCUGGCCCUGGACGACAUCCUCUUUGCAGACAUUGACACCUCCAUGUACGACUUCGACCCCUGCACCUCGUCCUCGGGCACGGCCCCCUCGAAACUGGCGCCCAUGGUGACAGCGGACGAGCUCCUCAAGACUCUUUCGCCCUACAGCGGCAGCGCUCCUGCUGUCAGCUCGAACCAGCCUUUCAAAAUGGACCUCACCGAACUGGACCAUAUUAUGGAGGUGCUUGUGGGAUCAUGACCAGGUUUGGAAGGGAACUGGGGAAGAAAUGCAAAACCAAUCAAAGAGUUUUUAAAUAUGAACUGAGAACGAAAACUGAAGAAUCACUUUGUGAGUGUUUGGGGCCUUUUUUUGUACAGUUUUGUGUUUGUUUUGUUUUUGAAAACAAAGGAAAUUGUCCAUUUUAAUGGUGAUGUUGCCCAGUACUACUUCUCAACACUGUGCAUGCACUGUGCUUGCCUUUCCCAAAAAUGAACAUGAAGAAAUCUUACAGAACACACUUUGGCUUCUGGCAGAUCUGAGUGCCUUCAUCAUUUAUGACCACUUGCUAAAUUCCUGUUUGUUUGUCUUGUCUCAUUUUCCUCAUCAUCACUUCUAAUCGAACAAGAUGGAUUAUCAGAGGAGUAGCAUCUCUCUUUUCCCUUCUCAGCAUACAGGUGCAAGAAUGUGCAACGGCAGCCUAUUUUCAUAUUUUUCUUUCAUCUUCAUGAAGCACAAUGAGAGCAACUUGGUUAUUUAAUGUUUAAAGUUUUUUUUCUAUUCAAAGCUGUUUUUAUUGCUCUUUAGUAAUAUUUAAAGUAGUCUGUUAAUAUGUGGUCAUUUUUCAUUUUUUUCAUCUGCUUCCAUUUUAAGGUUCUUUAAAGGGAUAGUCCACCAUUUAUUCACUCUCAUGUCUUUCCAAACCUAUAAAAGUUUCUUGAUAUUUCAAGUCAAUGGGGUCAAAUAUUGUUUGCACCCUGUUUACCUGUCUUUUUAAAAUAGCUUUCACAGAAGAAAUUACGGUUACACAGAUUUGGAACGACAUGGUGAGUAAAGAGAUUUUAUUUUCAGGUGAACUCUCUCUUUAGCAUUCAAUUACUGAAACAUACAUUUAUGAAAAAUGCUUUACCGGAUUAUUUAUACACGGAUGUGUGUAGUGGUCGGAUAUUUACAGUCAACCAACCAAAUUUCUUAUGAUAAUUUUCCAUGUGUUUACAUCUCAGCUGGCAAUAAGUGAACAUUUGUUCUGAUGCACAUUGUUUUACAGAUACAUUUCUUUGAAAAGCCAAUGCUAAAACCCCUUUAUGCUACAAAUAUGUAUGCAAUCAAUGCUUUUCAGAUCAGUAAUAAGCAAACUGUCAACUUUUCUCAGCCAUUUCCUUUUUUUUUUUUUUUUUAUCUGUGUCAAGGCAUUGUCGUAACUUCUCUUUUUUUUUGUCCUUUUGUUUUGGCUUUAUAUCAUCACUCAGUGAGUGGCUGGUUCAGUUCUAAUGCUACACUAAUGCACAACAAGAGGGUCUAUGCAUGUCUGUUCAUGCAAAAUGGGAAAGAAACUGUACCGGGCAAGAAAGUUUAUGGUUGCUAUUCAGUUUUGUUUUUUCCAUCAUCAUCAUCAUCAUCAUCUGUUUGCCAAACAUUUCUUUCAUUUACAUCUCUCACCAGUACAACGGUACAUUUCUGUUAACAUACUAAUGCAUGCAGGAUUAUAGCUCAUAAUUGUACAGAUGUCAGAUGAUUUUUGUAUGGUUUGGUCUUAUUUGAUCUUAUUUAUACCAUUGUUUGUUUGAGUUUUAUUAAUGGUAUCUGUUCAUGUUCCAAUCAGACUCUCUCUCUGUUGUCCUGCUGGGUUUUAGUGUCCUUUUGGCCAGUAGAAAUGGUCACAUUACAGGUGGAGUUUAGUUACGCACAGGUGUGACAGGAGAGUAUUCUGCAUGUAUGUGCAAUAGACAACACAGUAUAAACACUUGAUAUGUAAACCACAGAUGUUGGUCAGAUUAGGUCUGGAAGGAUUAUUUUAUGCGCACCCGACAUAAAAGAAAAGGGACCAUUUAUCAUAUCAGCUGUAUUAGUUUCACGUGGCGUUUGUCACACUAAUCUAGCUUACAAUAAUAACGUGAAAUAUACAUACCGACAAAAACUGUGCAUUAUAUGCCUUCCUGGUAAGAAUCAAUUUAAAAAAAGGUAGAGUGCAAUGUCAGAGAGGGGGGAAACAGUGCUUGGUUUUAAAUGAAAUGUUAUUUAUCAUAUAAGUGUGACCAUUAAUAAACUUCCUGUAAGAGAGACCUAACACAGAGGUGACAAUUUAGAUUGUUACUACCCAGAGUUCAAAAGAGAGAUCGUCUGAGAAUCGAAAACAUGAGUGAAUGCGAGCCGAGCGGACAAAUCUAUGGAAUCAAAACUAUGAUUAAUAUUACUUUAUUAUAGGAUUUUUUUUGGAUUUGGAGUGUUUUUGUUUUGUUAUUUAUUUUCGUUUCCUGUGUAAAUAUAUUUAUUUUUGAUGUUAAGCUAACAUCCAGAUUGUAAUUUGUACAGAAUAUGAGAUAGGAAUGUAUUAUGCUUAUGGGAAUGUAUCACUGCUUAUUAAUUGGGGUGGAAGCCAUUUUUUUCGUCUUUUGUUUUAAUGAUGCAUUAUUUUGUGUCUGUUUAGUUUCUUGUAUUAUAAUUUGGGGUGGUGUUUGUGCUAGUCGUCUAGGUCAACACUCCCUGCCCCUAUUUAAUUAUAAGUAUUUAAUGUUUUAUAUAUUUCAGAUCGUGUGCAAGGGAAGGGUUUGUGAAGCAAUACUUUAUUCUCUACAAACUUCAGAAUUUCAAUCUUCCAAAGCCUAUUUCUGGGAAAAUCUUUUUGAUAACCCUCAAUGCCAAAUGUAAAAAAAAAAAAAGGAAAAAAAAAAAAAAAGAGAAAGGCAGCAUGAUUUCUGAUGACAAUGGUUGUUGUUUUUUAACGGUAUCUCACUGUCCCAUGGUUCAGACCACACAUUCGGGGAAGUUUAGCGUGGUUUCAGGAUAGUGACCACUGGGAUUAUACGUGUGUGUGUGUGUGUGUGUGUGUGUGUGUGUGUGUGUGUGAUGAGAAAGAAAGACAACAUGUGGUGGAGGGUCUAAACCCUUUUUCUGCUCAUUAAGAAAGGCCGUAUCUUCAGGCCUUGGAGCUGUGCCUUUUUCUAUGCAAUAUUACAAACAUAUUCAUUUUGAGAAAAAUAACCCAUCAACUGAUGAUCACUGUAUUUGCAUCAAGGUGUGGACUGUAGAAUAUAUAUAAAAUAUGGACGUGUCUAUGAAUUUGAAACAGUCUUACUUUUCUAGUUUUAUAUCAUACAAUAAAUUGAUAAAAAUUA